GGUGGUUUCUCAGAGAAACGCCUGGCCGCUGUGCAGGAAAAACUACAUAUCCCAGAAACACAAAUCUUUCCUGCGUGACGUCAUCACGCACGGUUGACAGCAGUCGCUUGAGACUAUUAGUUUAAUGGUAAAAGAAGAACAGCAUAAGUUUUGACAUACAUAUUCACCGUUUGUGCAUUACCAAAAUAAUACACAAAUCUGCGUGGAACCGUCAUCCGUGCUGCAUCAGAUCAAUGGCGGUGUCCGAGUGGCGUUUGUCGUUGAAGCUGAUGGAUCAACCUUCCCUUUCAAAGUCAGUGCUGCAGUUUCCAGACACUGAACCUGGAGAUGUUCGUCCCGGCGAGUAUGGGGUCGCCACUCUCAAGCAGCUCGUGUCAGCACAGAUUCCUGAUGCCAUACCAGAUCCGGAGCUCAUAGAAUUGGUGUACUGUGGCAGAACGUUAAAAGAUGACUUGACACUGGAGUCUUGUGGGAUUCAGUCUGGAUCCACUGUGCACAUCUUGAGAAAAUCAUGGCCAGAACCUGAGAGCCAGCCAGAGCCAGUGGACAAGGAUACAGCUGCGAGAGAGUUUCACGUCUUACAAGCUGCCCUUCACACCAGCGCUGCAUACAGGGACUCGGUGUUCAAGAUGCUAUACAACAAGGAAUCCCUAGAUCAGAUCAUAGUUGCAACCCCCGGGUUGAGCAGCGAUCCUGUGGCUCUAGGGGUACUACAAGACAAAGACCUCUUCGUACAAUUCACUGACCCGAACAUGCUUGACACGUUGAUCAGUUCUCAUCCGGCACUGGUCAGUGCCAUCAUCCUGGUGCUGCACUCUGUGGCUGGCAGCAUGCCACCCCAGCAGAGUACCAGCUCAUCCAGAAAUGUGUCUUCUAGCUCUUACAGUGACAUGCCAGGAGGUUUUCUCUUUGAAGGCAUGUCUGAUGAUGAGGAAGAAUUCCAACUGGGCAACCGUGGUGGCCUGUCCACACUUGCGAGUGGUUUGGGGGGCAUUAGGCCUGCUUCUCUUGGUUACAACGGAGCCGUGGGCCCCAGACCCAUCACUCAGAGUGAGCUGGCCACAGCUUUGGCCCUCGCCAGCACCCCCGAGAGCAGUGCAGUUACACCUACCACAGGGAACCAGGGUCCCUCAUCAGGAGUGUCCCCUAUUCCUGCAGGAACACCUAUAACAAAUGAUCUGUUUAACCAGGCCCUGCAGCAGGCACUUCAGGUCUCCAGCAUGUCCAGCUUACAAAACCAAUGGCAAUCUCAGCUCCAGCAGUUGCGGGACAUGGGUAUCCGUGAUGAAGAGCUGAUCCUGAGAGCCCUGCAGGCCACGGGUGGAGACAUCCAAGAUGCUCUUGAGCUCAUAUUCGCUGGAGGAGCACCAUGAGUCUAUUCUUUUCAAUCAAACAUGGUUAUGAUGUUACAAGAAGUUCUCAAAACACAUAUUUAGAGAUUCAUUAUUUUAAUGACCAUUUGUUUUUAACUUAUAUUUGUCUCUUAUAACUCUUUUUUUAAUAUAAAUACGUGCAUUGAAUACUUGUGUUACAAACACGCUCUGCUCAUUUCAGUUUCAGGUCCACAGGAAAAAUAUAUUAUAUAUUCCUGCUGUUUUAAUGUAUUGUUGCUGUUCAGUUGUUAUCCCAGCAGAUAUUUGUAGAGGCUAAAACUUGCCUGUUCAGACAAUCAUUGUGUUUAGUUUUGUAAUUCAUAAAAAUGUCUCAUAAAUAUCAUAUUGUUUGUUGCUAUUUAUUUGUCUGUAUAUAUGAAGACACCUACUUUACAUCACCAUCUACUGGUGUGUCAUUGCAUGAACAUUAACUUAAAGGGAUAGUUCACCCAAAAUGAAAAUUCUCUCAUAAUUUACUCACCCUCAUGCCAUCCCAGAUGUGUAUGACUGACUUUCUUCUUCUGAACACAAACAAACUUUUUCAGAUGAAUAUUUCAGCUCUGUAGGUCCAUACAAUGCAAGUCAACAUGGUCCAAAACACCGAAUGUCCAAAAAGCAAAUAAAGGCAGCAUAAAAGUAAUCCAUAAAACUCCACUGGUUAUAUAAAUGUCUUCUGAAGCUAUAUGAUAGAUGUGGAUGAGAAACUGAACAAUAUUUAAGUCAAUUCUUAACUAUAAAUCUCCACUUUCACUUUCUUCUUUUGUUUUUGUUGAUUCACAUUCUCAGUGCAUAACACCACCUACAGGACAGGGAGGCGAAUGUAUAGUAAAAAGACUUAAAUAUUGAUCUGUUUCUCACCCACACCUAUCAAAUCUCUUCUGAAGACAUGGAUUAAACCUCUGGAGUCAUAUGGAUAACUUUUAGUAUGCCUUUAUUUGCUAAUUUCAACAAUUUCAGAAAAAUAAAUAAAAAGCUAAAUAAGUCUGAAGUAUGCUUCCUAGUCUUCAAAACACUUAAUUCCUUUUAAAGUUAAUCAUUUACAAAUUAAAAGUGUAUUUGUUUUAAUAAUGUAUGAAUACUCUUUGAAACCUGAGCUGGUAAUGUUUAAAGCAUUUGCUUUCAUAAAUAAAAGGCAG